UUAAAAAGUUAUUUUUUGAUCACAUGAGUUUCCUUGUGUAAAACAACAAAAAAGAAGUAGCCAAUAGAUUAGUGGCAAAAGGGUUUGGAGAACAGGAGAAGUACUUGAUAGUUGAUCGGAGGAAGAACAAUGGAGGACGAUGAAGGAGGACCAAGAUUAAGCAAGAGAUUUUCAGAUAAAGGUGAGGUUGAUUACAAGACCAAAUCUGGAACUGCUUGGAGCCAUUCCUAUCUUAAUCAAAAACCAUGGCAUCCUCUUUCUUACCCUAAUCAACGCCGUAAAUGGAUUGCCGAACAAACCCAUGCUCAGCGUCAACGCCGCGCCGACGAAAUUGCUCGCGAGGUGUUUCUCUUUCAAUUCUCUGUUCAAUCUCUGAUUAUUGUUUGUUUCUUCGAUUCAAUUUCUCAUUUGUGCUGUUUUCAGUAUGCGCAAGAGCAAGAUUUUCUUCGCCAAAAGUCGUUACUUUCUCAGAAAGAGAAAGAAAAGGUGGAUAUAAUGCAAGCUGUUAGUUUUAUGUACGUUCGCCCACCUGGGUACAAUGCUGAAAGUGCUAAAGCUGCUGAGAUUGCUGAUGAGAGAAGGAAUAUUGGGGAUUCUCACCCAAUUGAUGCUUCUUCUUCAAUGCCGCAAGAAGCUUCUGUUCCUGUUAAGGAAGAGAGGAAGAAAUCAAGACCUAAGGAUGUUUUUGGAAGGACUUUACCCACUGAAGAAGAAUUUGCUGUUCUUAAGAAUGCUCCCAGGUUGGAGACUGGUGUUACUGGUAGGGUUAAGCCAUUUGCCGUAGAAGUACGCAAUGUUAAGUGUGUAAGAUGUGGUAACUUUGGGCACCAAAGCGGAGAUCGUGAAUGUCCAUUAAAAGAUGCUAUAAUGCCAAAUGAAGAGAGUAGGCUGAAGAGAGAUGACCCCCUGACAGCUAUCAUGGCACACAUGGAUCCAAGUGAGCCUCUGAAGUGGGAGUUGAAGCAGAAACCUGGCAUCAGCCCUCCACGUGGUGGAUUUCAGAUAGAUGAUCCCAACCAGCAAAUAGUUGCUGAGGACAUAUUUGACGAGUAUGGAGGAUUUCUCGGCGGGGAUCUACCAGAGUUGCUGACUAGUUUGUCCUCCAGAAAGAACAAAAGGAAGUCGAAAAGUAAACGUCAUAAGAAUAAGCCGUUUAGAGAAGACACAUCUUUAGAUAGUGAUGAAAAAAGAAGCUCAAAGAUGAAAUCUAAAAGCAAAAGUCAACAGGAGUCGCGACGAAAUCGUGAAAGGAAUGGUCCUACUUCGGAUGAUGAGGGUAGUCAAAGGAGUCCAAAAAAUAAAGUAAAAAGUAGUAGUAAGCAUAAGAAGCGAGCAUUGCAUCAGAUUAGUGAUAGCGAUAGCGAUGAUUCUACUUCUGGUAGCUACGAGCGCAAAAGGAGAAGAAAAAAAGACUUGCGCGACAAGAAAAGGAACAAUAAAGAUUCUUCUCCUUCAAGUAUUUCAGAAGAGUCUAAUGACGGGAGCUAUUAUGGUAAGCGUCGACAUAAGGAUUCACGUCAUUUAGAAUAUAGUCGUAGGAAGUUGAAAGAAUCGCGUGAAGAGGACUAUUAUGACAAUAAAAGGAAGUCAAUCAGAGAAAGAAGAACAUACAAGAACCAGAGGAGUCGGCAUAAUGAUUCUGAAUGUAGUUCAUCUGACAAAUCGGAAUCUGAGAGACACACGAGUAAAUCCAAGCAUUCUUAUUCAUGAAAGGGCUUUGAUUCUGUAGAUCAUUCUAGAAGUCUGCAGCACUUAUGAUCCAUAAUGAAGAACAUUUGGGUCCGAAGUAGAAGGCAUAUGGCAGUAACUGAAGUGUCAUACAACAUUCUGGCAACUUUCUACAUUUAGCAUCAAGACAAUCUGAAGAGCCGGAUGGAAGUGUGGUAUUUGCUGGGCAUUUGCUGGUGAAGCUCAUUCUCAAUGGAAUAAAUCGAGACAACUUGGGAAUUCACUGAAUGUGAAGUUAAUGAUUUUAUUUGUCACACUUGAGGCUGUCGGGCGAGACAGAUGAUUUGUUUGUGUGGACUCUGGACUGGAAUGAAAUAUUGUUUGAAAGUCAAGUUCAUCUUCAGCUUAGGCAUGGUGUUUUAUUUUAAAGUAGAUUUUGUUCCUUAAUAAUUAAUCUUAGCCAUUCAUUUAGUAUCAUAGGGUUUAAAAUUACAAUAGUGUUAACAUCUUGAUUGUUUCAUUUAUACAUGCUUUCACGACAAUGUCAAAGUCUUGAUCCCCUGAUAUUAGAUCGACUGUAUAAACUGAAAUGAAAUAACUUCACGCAUUAUCCUCAUUAGUUUAUUUGUUGUGAAUUGUUAAUUGUUGUAUGUAUUUAAUAUUUUCAAUUUUAAUCUUCCAUUUAUUCUUGUUUAUAGUUUACUUUGUACAAGA